CCGACACUAGGACGUCGCCGGCCGUCCGUAUUACAACUGCGUGCACUCCAUUCAGAAUAAUAACAUCAAAAGUUGAUCUCUUCAGUCGCAUUGUGACAGAAAGUGUAGUGAAUCUGCUAAGAAAGUAGAAAAGGCUCCGUUUUCACAAGUGACUUUACAAUAGUUGAACGUAUUUUCGCUAAAAUUCCGACGAUUUUGCGGGCAGUUCUUGUUGUGUGGCGAAAUUGUUUUGUUUCCACCGGCAUGCCUGAUCGCUGUCUGUAGAGAUUUUGUAGUAAAUCCAACACUAUGCCUGUCUGCAUAUGCCUAUAAUCUAUCACAGAUUUCAUCAUAAUAGUGAACAUGAUGGAGUAAAGAGUGAGGAUGCGGUGGUUUAAGAAGGGCGAGCCGCCGCGGCUGCUCACCGUCUCACCUGAAGCAGAGUCAAGAUCAACGCGAAGAUCAAGAGUUGAUGAGUCACCGGUCCGGUACCCUCAAAGAAAAAGUAGCAGCAGCUCGGUAGAAACAAAUUUUUAUAACCUGAAUGACCAAAUCAUAAUAGUCGAGAAAUCACCACAUCGAUUUCAUCGAGGUAGCGAGGCUCCAGUGACUCGGCGCAUAUCGCUUCAAAACGGUCCCACCACACCUCAUGAUGGCUGUAAUGUGUCACGGAAAAACCGCGGUGGCUCAUUGGAGAAAGAAUAUACGAUAUACCGGGAAAAGCGAAACCCGUUACUUGACAAGGUAAAGAACACUAAAUUGUCAUGUUUCAAAUCUAACGGACCCCUAAGACACGCAGACGAUACAGCCUCUACAUCAGGAAGUGAUUGCAGCGGUUUCGGUCAUGUUGAAGACUCUAACCACGGUCGUCACACAAACUAUGCUGAGAGCCACUUGGAGAUUGAAAAUCAAAAUCCUUGGGUGAAAAUGCCAAAUUACGAUGAUGAUGUAUUUUUUGCCAAAAGUAUAACUAGUCCUGUCGAUAACCAAUGGAGAGAAGGAAAAUUAUUUACCAAUAGAGGCACACGGUGCUAUAGUUCUGGUUCAGAGUGCGAUCGUUACCACCCAAUACCGAAGGCAGGUGCAAAAUUAUCUAAGUCAAGUGAUCAAAUCUUUAAUGAUGAUUAUGAACCGUACGAUGACGUGCCCUUAGCUUUGAAGUCUCAAAAUAAGACUGAUAAAUAUAAGAAUUAUAAAAAUGAAAAAGAUACCAUUGGCCCGAGUUCUUGUCUUUCGGCUAAACUUAGAGCAAUGUCAGAUCGUUAUUUGAAAUCAUCUACAAAUAAAUUUCUAUCAAAAUUAUAUAAGCCGAAUGGUGAGAACGAAGAGGAAGUAAGUGGUAGUAACGAUAACAUUUUGAAAUCAAGUAGUACUAAGAGUCGAAAAAGAAGAGGUGGGGUUAAAGCAAAAUUACGAAGCUUUUCUUAUGGCGCAUUACCAGGCUUAGAUGAGUUUCAAAAAGGUCACAAUUCAGUUUUCCAUGAUGAUGUUUAUCAAGUGUCAUGUGAUGAUGAAAAUGUUUUAAUACAAGACUGCGAAGAUGCUGAUUCUGGUAUACUAGUCAACGAAUCGGCAGCUUCAUCUAUUUUUGACAGUGAUAGAAUAUCUUCACGCUGUGAAAGUUCGGCAUCGUAUAAUCCUAUCUUUCCGUGUCAUGCUAGAAGCGUAUCCAGUGAUCAAAGUUAUUCUCAUAAACCAAGAUCAUCUGGUAGAAUGAGUAGAGAAAGAAGUAACCAUCCAAAACCUAGACCACGUCAAACCCAAAGAGCAUUAUCGUUAGAUCGGAAAGAAAUCCUUAGGCGUAUGCCAAAGAACAAUGAUGAUUAUGCAGAACCGCAAUAUUUACAACUUACGGAAAAGCAAAAGAUGCGACAGCGGGAUAUAAGUUUAGGAGACUCGGGUAUUCCCCCUAUUCCUCCGUGUAGGAAACCAUCAAGAGGAAAGAAAGUUGAGAAAUCCGAAUUCAAGGUUGUUCGAAUAAUAAGGAAGAAUCCAUCCGAUGAAUUAGGUAUAUUUAUUGCGAAAACAAAAUUAUCCGAUGAAGGUCACAUAGGCUAUUUAGUGGCUCACGUUGUGCCUGGCGGCUUAGCGGAAAAGGAAGGUACGUUGCGCAUUGGUGAUGAGCUUUUGAAUGUAAAUGGCCGCAGGCUUCGUGACCUCACAAUGGCAGAAGCAAAGGACGCACUGAAAUCUGGUUCAUCAGAAAUCGACAUCGUGAUCUGUAGGCAACGGGAAAAAAACACGGAUAGUAGGCAAAGAGAACCGUCACAGCGCAGUAUUAACCUCAUGCGCGAAAGUUCUGUUGAUUACGAAAACGCAAUAAUAUUAGGAAAGGAAAAACGCGUUGAUAAAUAUGACGUCAGGAUAGACCGGCGGUCGCAGGAUGAGUCGGCGUGUAAUCGCAGCCCGCUAUCAGCUGCGGACGAGCCGGCCGACAGCACGUCGCAUGCGCACUCGCACUUCCUCAAGGGCCAGAACGCGAGCUAUAGCAGCAUGAACAACAAGUUGUUGCGCCGACAAGUCGUGAGUUACGGCGGUGCAAACAAGGACGGCUUGGUUCUUAGUUGCGCGGGAAACGUGGUAGACGUGGACGUCCCGGACGGUGCGGAACGGUACAAGGACGGACAGGACACUGAAAAUGAUAUACAAACACCAAACGCAGCAAACUUUUGCACACUCCCGAGAAAACCACGAGCGCCGACCCACAGCUACCACACGAUUACGUUCGAGAAAGGACAUGGGAAGAAACCGCUCGGAUUCACUAUCGUCGGUGGACGUGACUCUCCCCGGGGACCACUUGGCAUUUUCAUUAAAAGCAUCCUUCCACAAGGGCAAGCUAUUGAUGAUGGCAGACUUAAAGCAGGAGACGAAGUUCUAGCGGUAAACGGACAGGCAUGUCACGAGCUGGCGCAUGUGCAAGCUUUAGCGUUAUUCAAAUCUGUAAGAAGCGGCCCUAUAGAACUAAGAGUUUGUCGGAGAGUGAAGAAUACUCAAUCAACCAAAGCCAAAUCCUGCACUGAUCUACUCAACGACGAAGAAUAAACACUAUAUUAUCAUGUGAAGUCGUAGUAUAUUAUGAUGUUUACUGAUAUUGCAUGUUGACUAUUCUUAAUUUGAUGGAAGAUGAUUCAAAAAUCUCAAAGUAAAAACCUAUAAAUUAGGUUUUUCUUGGAGGUUUUAAAGCAUUAUUUCAUUCUUCAAAUUUAUAAAAAUAUGUAAUUUGCAAACACGAGCUGGCGAUCGAUUUAUUGGUUUAAAAAUAAUGUACCUAAAUUUAAUUAAUGUUUGUAAUUUAAUUAAAAACAUACAAUCUCCAUAUCGUUUGUGUCGGUCAAAUAUGUUAUGUACUUAAUUAAAAUAAAUUAUAAAUUUUAAUUAAAUGAACGGAAAGUUUGUGUAAUAAAAUACAACAAAAGCAUUGCCGACCAUAAAUUAAUGUAAGAUAAAAGCCUUUAUAAAGGAAUCAUCUAUUUGUGCUCUUCACCGUAAAGUGGUUUUUUAUACCAGACUUAAAUAUAAUUUCUAUGUGCCAUUUUAAUUCUAUAAAAAUAUUUAUUUCUUCAUAUUAAAAUCUCCAUCUGGAAAGUCGAUCAUAUGCUCUGUACCUGACUGUGAAUCCAUUUCAUUUAGCUAUUUCUUUUUGUAUUGAAGCUCAAAACUUAGUGCACGACUUAAAUGAUAAAUUCCAAAGAUAAGAAUUAGAUAAUAAGGUAUUUUAUCAGCACGAAAACUGAUAUAAAUGUUAGUUAUUAGUAAUCACUAAGUACGUAGAAAGUGUAUAGAUAGUUUCGAAUGCUCUUAUCGUUAUUAUUAAAAGUCUGCAAUUAUGUUACAUAUAAUAUUUCAUGAUCAAAUAAUUUUAUUUAUAAAUAUUCCUUAACUAGAUAUGAUGGUCGUCAAUAAUAAUAAAAUAUAAAAAUAAUAUCUUGUAAGAAAAUUUUAAAAGCACAUUUUGUAGUUAAUACCAUCGCAAUGAAGAUAUGUAUUUUUAUUAAAAUUUGAAAAUAUUAUGUAUUUGUGCAAUAAAAUUACAUUUUUCCCUAUAUAAACUUAAGCAAAGAUCUGUUUACUGUGAUACUAUUUGAUGUAUUCAUUGAAAUAUAAUAUUUACGUUAAGUAUUUUGACUUUAUAUAGUUAGGGAUGGUACAUACCUAUUCUUUAAUACCCACAUUAUAGAAAGCGACAAUAUUUAUUUCUUCAAGUUUACAGAGAUCAAUAACAUGGUGUUGCUGUUUUUUUCAAAAUUUUCAUCUGACACGACAAGAAUCUCUUUAGGCGUCAUCAAAUUUGCAGCGCGGAGGCAGCACAGUUUCAGCGCUGCGACGGCGCUGCUUUGUAAAUCCAUAUAAAUAACAAACCCACGAUUGCAGUGCUACACCCGCAUUGCGGCCGCACAUCAGUUCAUCACUACCAUCACUUACGAUUCUCAAACUUAGCAAUUUGCGGCAAAUUUAAAACCGCCCUGAGAUUAACUAGGUCAUAUCCAUUACUAUUUUCAUAUAACUCAAUCCUUAUCUAUCGUUUGCAAAAGCUUCUUGGGUAAGAACGAGAAAGAUGUUUUAAAAGUGUAGCUGUAGAUUAACGAAUGUUCAAGUGAGACAUCGGUACUCUUGAAACGUUUCAUAUUUAAAUAUUUUUGGCUCAAAGUACGGUGCUUAAAGCGAAGCAGAACCAGCGGCUUCUACAAACAAAAUUAAAACGAAGAGAUGUUCAGCCAUUCGAUUGUUUGUAUUACCAUCUAUAGAGAAACAAAGUCCAUUGAGCAUUUUUCACAUCAUUCAGAGACGACGAACUUCGUCUGAUCGUCGUUUAUAUUUUUGUAUUAGACUCUAAAUAUUUACCCAGAUAUGGCGGUAUGGCUCUCUUUAACAAUCGCUUUAACAAUAUUAAAAGCAGGGAUGUUAUGGAUAUCAGGUUUGAUAGUCGAUAUCGAUGUACCUCUUUAAAAAGUUUUUAUUUUAUUGCGAAUAACUGAAAGUUUAGUUUACCUGUAUUUACGAAGCACUUUUCUAUAAUAUCUCUGUCAAAACAAAGCAAAAAUUUAAUGAGUGUUGAACGCAGAACUUCAUAGCAAAAAAAGUACUCUUAUUAUGAGUAAGUACUUAUUUUCGAGUCAAUCUUAUCUUUGUAAUACUUUUUUGUCACAAUGUAGGUAGUACCGACCUAAUUUGUCCUAAGCUUUUAAACACACGAAUAUUUUUGGAUACAUGUAUAAUGUUUGUAGGUGUAUCAAAUUGUUUAUUCCUUUUAUCUUUCCAGUGAUAGAUAUUUUCAGAUUACCUUUUAUAAUUUCCGUUUUUACGAUCUUUCUUAAAACUUAACCAUAUUGUAUCCAACCACGUAAUUUCAGAUUGACAUUUAAAGAAGAUAAAUAAUGUAUAGAAAAAUAAUUACUCGUGUUUUAACGAGUGAUCUGUAUAAAAUAUGUAAUUAAAUGAGUUAUUGUUAAAUCUAUUUUUAAUUAAUGGUUUUACUAUACAUAUCAUUUAUUAUAAUAGCGUAAACAAGAAUUGUCAUAAUGUUUGUUUAAUGUUGCAAAAUAAAAU